AUGAAAACCAUCCUAAUUUUGUUUAUCUUAGUCACUAUCAUAAAUUCAAUUCCAUUGAUAUGUUCAGAUGCUGUGACUAUGGCAGAUUGCAAGGAUAUAAUAAAUGGAAUGUAAUAUUGAUUUAUUUAUUUUUAAAAGUCAUGAAUGCAUUUGGUAUGAAAAUACGUGUUAAUUGAAAUCCUGCUAAAAUUCUUAAAUUCCUUGUGAUGGAUUAGCUUACAAUGGUGAACUCUGUGCUACUAGUAGUUAAGGGUGCAAAUCAAUCAAAUCUUGCUCAGAAAUUGACAAUUAACAAUCAUGCUCAUAAGUCAAACCAUAUGGAGUAGAAUGCCAUUGGGAAGAAUCAUGCAUAGUUAAGAAAUGUUCUCACAAUUCAAAAUCAAAUUGCAGAUAAACUAAUGGGGUGAAAUGCAUCUAUUAAGAUCAAUAAUGUUCAUCAAUUAAACAAUGCUCUGAUAUUAUUGAAAAAUCAAACUGUUUGAGAUCUUCAAUUCAAGAAAUAAAUUGCAUUUGGAUGGACAAUCAAUGUGUUACAGAAACCUGUAAUCUUAUCCGAACCAAAGUAUUUAUUUAAUAUUAUAAAAUUAGGAAAAUUGUUUCAAUACUAGGAGGAAUUCAGAAAAAUGUUUCUUCACUCAAAUUAAAGGUGGAGAUAAUUAGUGUUUGAGUUGUUCCUAGUUAACCGAAUAAUGCAACUGUAAUCAAUAUAGCAUUUUUGGUUGUAAUUGGGUUAAUAACUCUUGUCAGGAAUUUAAAUUACAACUUGCAUGUAGUACUGAGGAUGAGAAAUAAUGUCUGAGUGAUAAAUAAUGCGUUUGGUAUAAACCUAUGAAUAAGUGUCUUACUAUUGAGAAUGCUUCAUUAAAUGACAGAGCCUGCGAUAUUUAUGUAUUUGGUUCCAUUUUACACGUUUGGAUACUCAUUGUUCUAAUAGUUUUUUGGUGA